ACUUCCGGUGCCUGCAGAGUGCGGAGCGCGGCUGCACCGAGAGGCUGCACCAGCCGAGGCUGCACCGGCAGAGCCUGCAGGGCGGACCGCGGCCCGGAGCAGCCAUGGUGAAGAUCAGCUUCCAACCCGCCGUGGCCGGCAUAAAGGGCGACAAGGCCGACAAGGCUGCGGCCGCGGCCGCGUCCCCGGCCCCCGGCCCGGCCGCUGAGAUCCUGCUGACGCCGGCUCGGGAGGAGCGCCCCCCCUACCACCGCCACAAGAAGGGGGGCUCCAUGGGCAGCGUCUGCUACCUGUCGAUGGGCAUGGUUGUGCUGCUCAUGGGCCUGGUGUUCGCCUCCGUCUACAUCUACAGAUACUUCUUCCUCGCCCAGCUGGCCCGAGACAACUUCUUCCACUGCGGCGUCUUCUACGAGGACUCCUUGUCCUCCCAGGCGCACACUCGCAUGGAGCUGGAGGAGGACGUGAAGAUCUACCUCGAAGACAACUACGAGCGCAUCAACGUGCCGGUGCCCCAGUUUGGCGGCGGCGACCCUGCCGACAUCAUCCAUGACUUCCAGCGGGGUCUGACCGCCUACCACGACAUCUCCCUGGACAAGUGCUACGUCAUUGAGCUCAACACCACCAUCGUGCUGCCUCCUCGCAACUUCUGGGAGCUCCUCAUGAACGUGAAGAGAGGGACCUACCUGCCGCAGACGUACAUCAUCCAGGAGGAGAUGGUGGUCACAGAGCACGUCAGCGACAAGGAGGCCCUGGGCUCCUUCAUCCACCACCUGUGCAACGGGAAGGACACCUACCGGCUCCGGCGCCGGGCCACCCGGAGGCGGAUCAACAAGCGUGGGGCCAAGAGCUGCAACGCCAUCCGCCACUUCGAGAACACCUUCGUGGUGGAGACGCUCAUCUGCGGGGCCGUGUGAGGCUCCGCCCCCACCGGGUCCCACCCAGCCUCUCCUCUUUCCUCUUCCCGCCACUCUCUGCCCUGCCUCCUUCCCCUCGUAGCUUGUACUUUGGAUGCUGUUCCAUAGAUGUGACAUGUCUCCCAGUCCCGUCCAGCCCUGCCCGCCUGCCUGUACCAGAGCCGAGACCUCUCGAGGCCCUCACCUCUGCUGACAUCCGGGCCUGGGGGACAGGGAGGGCACCCCAGGGUGGUUUCUGCGACCGCUGUCUUGAAGUUGGCUCCUCCAGGGCCCAGGCACAUGGGUGUCCUGGGCUAGGGGACAGGGUGUGGGGAGGGGUGUGGAGUGGGGAUGGGAACCGUCUGCACAGCUGGGAAAGUCCCGUAGGCUUUUUCUCGGGAUGGCACACUUCCUCCCGCAUGCCCGUUCCCAGGCCUGGCCGAGGGUGGGGGGGUGUGCCUAGGGAUGGACCCACCCAGAGCACAAGGGAAGGUGGUUGUCCUGGGGGGUCUCCCAGGACUCCCAACAGUGCCUUCAGCCCACCAGAGGGAGCUGGAGUGUGGGGGUGGGGAUGAGUUCGUCAAGCACAAUCGUUUUCUGAGUGGAACCAAAGAGGGAGGAGCCAGGGCCCCCAGCGCUGGCCCCCCAGGAGCACAGGUGGAGCCCCACAGCCACAGUGGAACAGGGCCCGCCCAGGAGGACCAUUCCCCCCGUCCCCCGUCGGGCUGAGCACAGCACUGCCCAGAGAGGGGUGGAGGUCCCGCUGAGCAGGCUGGGGCUCCUGGCUUCCUCCGAGCUGAGAGCUGUUUUAGAGGAUGCUGUGGGGGGAAGGAGAGCCGCCUGGUACUUGCACACCCUGCCUCCUCUCUGUUCUUAGCUUCCUCUGCUUUGGGGGAAUGCACCCUUUUUCCUUUUCCUCCUCACUUUUGCAUGUUUUUACUGAUCAUUCAAUAUGCUACCCAUUCUGAGCCCUGAGGAGGAGGAGGAGAAGGAAGGCUUUGAUGCCUUCAGUGGGCCCAGGUGCUCUGGAGACAAAACUCUGAAACGCUUUGUAUAUUUUCUCAAUUAGAUCUCUUUUCAGAAGCAUCUGUAGAAUAAUAAAAAUCUUUGUCUUCUG